UUAAGGGUUCAUCUCCCCGUGAAGCUCAGUGGGGGGUCAUAACCCAGUCAAUCGUCUAUUCCAGUGUUUCUCAUUGUAAUGCAGAUCACUCACCAACCUGCUGCCUAAACUCCAUCCCAGAAGCCUUAAAGUGGCCAGCAGGGAUCCAGAGGAGGAAUAAACUGCAUCCAAACCUUUGCCGUCUGUGUUUGUGUCUGAGGGCUAUUUUGGACCCCCCCCCGGCCCCCCUUUGUGUCUGCGGCGAGGCUUCUCCUGAUGCUGACUGAGCGCUCCUCUCUCUCCGUUGCAGGGCAACAUGCCUCAGACUCCACCCUUCACGGGGCAGCUGAACACGGGCGUCUACAACAAGAACCUGUACCAGGCCAAGGAGGAAGGCUACUCCGGCCUCUAUUACCAUGACAACAACCUGGCGUCUGGGUCCCUGGAGGCCCUCAUUCACCACCUGGUCCCAACUGUGGACUAUUAUCCAGAUAGGACCUACAUCUUCACCUUCCUGCUCAGCUCUCGCCUUUUCAUCCGCCCACAUGAGCUCAUGUCCAAGGUGUGUCACCUGUGCAUGGAGCAGCAGCGACUCAGCGAUCCCCAAGCGGACAAGAUGAGAGUCAGGAAGAUCGCCCCCAAGGUCCUCCAGCUGCUGACGGAGUGGACCGAGACCUUUGCGUAUGACUUCAGGGACGAGAAGACGAUGAGGAGCCUGAAGGAGCUCACCCACCGGCUGGCCAAUGGCGACGAGGUCUACAGGAAGGCGGUGGGCCAGAUGAGCCAGGCUCUGAUCCGCAGGCUGACGGCGCUCAGCCAGUACGAGGAGGCGCUGGUGAAGAUCAACGCGGCGGCGGCCGAGCGGCUGACGUCUCUGAAGGCCAAGCCCCAGGCGUCCAUCCAGAGGGACAUGCUGUCCAUCUGCAACGACCCCUUCGCCGUCGCCCAGCAGCUCACGCACAUAGAGCUGGAGAGACUGAGUUACAUCGGACCCGAGGAAUUCGUCCAGGCCUUCGUCCAGAAGGACCCUCUGGACAACGAUAAGAGCUGCUUCAGCGAUCACAAGAAGGCCAGCAGCCUGGAGGCCUACGUGGACUGGUUCAACAGGCUCAGUUACCUGGUGGCUACGGAGAUCUGCCUGCCCGUGAAGAAGAAGCAGCGAGCGCGAGUCAUGGAGUUCUUCAUCGACGUGGCGCGCGAGUGCUUCAACAUCGGCAACUUCAACUCGCUCAUGGCCAUCAUAUCGGGGAUGAACAUGAGCCCCGUGUCUCGCCUCAAGAAGACCUGGAACAAAGUCAAGACGGCCAAGUUCGACAUCCUGGAGCACCAGAUGGAUCCUUCCAGCAACUUCUACAACUACAGAACGGCGCUGCGAGGAGCGACGCAGCGCUCCGUCACCGCCAACAGCAGCAGGGAGAAG